AUGUUUCCUUUUUCACGAUCUUUAGGUCUGAUGCAGCAGGCUCCGCCUGCUCAGGGACCUCUCAGCCUGCCCAAGGAGCCCAGCCUGCUCAGGCACCUCAGCCUACCCAGGGAGCCCAGCCUACUCAGGGACCUCAGCUUGCUCAGGGACCUCAGCCUACCCAGGGAGCUUAGGCGAUCCAGGGACCUCAGCCAACCCAGGGAGCUUAGGCGAUCCAGGGACCUCAGCCAACCCAGGGAGCUUAGGCGAUCCAGGGACCUCACCACCUCAUCCAACCCAGGGAGCUUAGGCGAUCCAGGGACCUCAGCCAACCCAGGGAGCUUAGGCGAUCCAGGGACCUCAGCCAACCCAGGGAGCUUAGGCGAUCCAGGGACCUCAUCCAACCCAGGGAGCUUAGGCGAUCCAGGGACCUCAGCCAACCCAGGGAGCUUAGGCGAUCCAGGGACCUCAGGCGAUCUAGGGACCUCAGCCAACCCAGGGAGCUUAGGUCUGAUGCAGCAGGCUCCGCCUGCUCAGGGACCUCUCAGCCUGCCCAAGGAGCCCAGCCUGCUCAGGCACCUCAGCCUACCCAGGGAGCCCAGCCUGCCCAGGGGCCCAGCCUGCUCAGGGACCCUCAGGGAGCUUGCUCAGGGACCUCAGCCAACCCAGGGAGCUUAG